GGAGUUUGCGCGGAUCUAUAAAAGCAGCGCAUCCAUUUCCCCGCACUAUAUAAAUCUUGGUCGAUAUUAAAUAUACAGGAUUAGGAUGACAAACGUUCAAAACUUGCACUUGCAGGGAAGGAGUUAUCCUGUAUAAAGGUCUGAUAUACCCUAUACAAUAUUCAAAGUUAAUGAAAAAUUAAAAACAAGCUGAACUGACCUUCUGCAGUUUAUCAUUGUUUAAUAAUUUGUCAGUAAAGAUUAUAAAGACAUGACUGUAGAUAAAGAUAAGCCAAAAAGACCUGCAACUUGGGUGUCAAUUACAUCCUUACUUUUAUAAUUUCGCGUUCUUAUGCUUGGCCGAAAAUAAUGCUUCGAUAGUGCUUUAUGGCCCAUCUGACGAGUCAACAAUCAUUAUAAUUAUAAUGACGGCCCGUAAACCGCACCACAGGGCAUAUAUAAAGCAGCUAAGUGAGAGAUUUCAAAUCAGUUCGUGAUAUACAGGCGCAAUAUGAUCAGAUUGUGGGCAAUAGUAGCUAUUCUAGCUUUGGGCUGUGCUGUGGCGCAAGAAGCGGAUGAGCCCAAGUGCGGAGUUUGUCAGAGCGGAAACGAUGCGCUCUGCGUCACGGAGACCUCAUAUUACAAUUGCUUUGGUGGUAACAAAUAUGGAAAUGAGAUUGAAUGCGAUGAGGGCUUCGUUUGCACCAAUGCCGAUUCCAUAUGCGUGAAGAAAACUGAACUCGAGGAACUCCCUGACUUAGUAAAUGUGUGUGGCAGCGGCUCCAGUGGCUGCGGGGUUUGCUCCACUAAUCAAAAGUACACCUGUGUCAGCAAUAAUCAAGCUGGACGUUGUAUUAAUGGCAAAAUAUCCGCCGUAGUUAAUUGCAAAGAGAAUGAGAUAUGUGUGGCUGACAUUGGAUUAACAGAUGUUUCCGUCUGUGUGCCACAGUGUGCGGCGGAUUAUUUCAAAAAGUCGCCCACCUGCAGUGAGGAUGUUAGCUACUCCACAACCACUGCGGCGCCAGCCACAACAAUCAGUCCAGCUGACCGAGUAGCCAUCUGCGCGAGGGAAUCAAGUGGAGUGACCACAUUGUUUUUCUAUGCUUAUGCCGAUACGUCAUGCAAGUCCGCCGUAUACUGCCAGCGGAACAGUCUUACCAGCGCCGAUUGGGUAACCUUGACAAGAACAUGCCCAUCCUCCACGCCGUACUUCGAUACGCGCACCAAAAAUUGCGUGGCUACCAAGCCGGCUAGUUGUCCCCAAUAGUCCCAAUAAGAAAUUUCAGUCCCAUAAACAUUUGCUAUUCAAUAAACAUUUGCUAUUUAAUUCAUGAA